UUCCUGGGGCUGUGAGAGGGGCUGUGGGGAUGAGCCCAGCUGACCCUCAUGUCUCUACAGGGGCCCUCCCUCAGGAUGCAGGAUUCCGGCUGGAGGUGCCAGAGUCCGUGAGGGUGCAAGAGGGGCUGUGCGUCUUUGUGCAUUGUUCAGUCUUCUACAUACAGUAUGGCUGGAAAGAUUCUACUCCUGCUUAUGGGUACUGGUUCCGGGAAGGGGUCAGUGUAGACCAGGACACUCCAGUGGCCACAAACAACUCAACUCAAAAAGUGCAGAAGGAGACCCAGGGCCGAUUCCACCUCCUCGGUGAUCCCGGGAGGAACAACUGCUCCCUGAGCAUCAGAGACGCCAGGAGGAGGGACGAUGGUUCAUACUUCUUUCGGGUGGAGAGAGGAAGAAUAAAAUUUAGUUACAAAUAUUCCCAGCUCUCUGUGCAUGUGACAGCCCUGACCCACAAGCCCGAUAUCCUCAUCCCGGAGUUCCUAAAGUCUGGCCACCCCAGCAACCUGACCUGCUCUGUGCCCUGGGCCUGUGAGCAAGGAACACCCCCCAUCUUCUCCUGGAUGUCUGCUGCCCCCACCUCCCUGGGCCCCAGGACUCUCCACUCCUCAGUGCUCAUGAUCACCCCACGGCCCCAGGACCACAGAACCAACCUCACCUGUCAGGUGACGUUCCCUGGAGCUGGUGUGGCCACAGAGAGAAUCAUCCAGCUCAGUGUCUCUUAUCCUAAAAUGAACCCAGCGAUUGAAGCCUCCCUAGAAGAUGGCAUAGGGAAAUCAGGAACCAUGGCAGAGGUGGUUGUUUUGGCCGUGGGAGUAGCGGCUGUGAAGAUCCUGCUUCUCUGCCUCUGCCUCAUCAUCCUCAGUGUCAAUUUCUACAAGAAGGCAGCGGUGAGGGCAGUAGAAGUCCAGGAGAAUGUAUACACUGUCAUGGGUUAAUCUCUCAGGUGAGUGAUGUGGACCUCUCACCCUCCAACAUCCUGCUGGACACCUCCUCCACAAUGGCCUCCAGGAUUGUUCUGCUCAUGGCCAAAGUUAAACUAACUCUCUUCCUCCUCAAAUCCACUUCUCCUGGGAUCUUCAUCCUGCAGAUGACACAGAGGCCUCAUCUCUAAAGUCAGAACCAGGGUGUGGGUCUCCACCUUGACCCCCUCUCUUCUCCAGAUCCCAUAAAUCACUAGCUCUUGUCUCCCCUUCUU